UGGGAGAGCUGGGGCAGGGGGCAGGCGGAGGCCAACCGCCAGAGGCGCUGGCGCUGACAGCCGCUUUCCGCCUAGACAGCUUGAAAAGAAAAGAAAAAGGACUUGGAAGAAGAAUUGGCAGAAUGCCACUGUGCCAUUGUGCAGUGAAGCACAGUGAAUCAGACAUGGAGGGGUGUCGUUUUUCACCUUCUGGAGGGCUGAGGGUAUAUCUUCACUGGAAGGGGGAGCAGGAGGAACAGUACCAGACUUACAUGCAAGGGACUCCUUGUGCUGAAGAGAUCUGCAUCGAUAUUGCACAGAAGAUUGGAAUCACGCCAAUCUGCUUGAGCUUCUUUGCACUGUAUGAUCCACUGGCCAAAUUAUGGUUCCCUCCUAACCAUGUGUUUGACAUAGAUAGUGGCAUUAAGUUGAUUCUGCAUUUUCGGUUGAGGUAUUAUUUCCGAAACUGGCAUGGGACAAAUGAGAAGGAGCCAGCUGUCUGUCGCAGCUUCCAUCGCAUAAGUGACUCUGAGGACAAGUCACAGCAAGCAAGGGGCGAGCAAGGCAGUGCCCUGCUGGAUAAACCAUCAUUUGAGUAUCUCUUUGAGCAAGGGAAAUAUGACUUCAUUAACGACAUUGCCUCUCUAAAAGACCUACACACUGAACAGGAGAUUCACCAGUUUAAAAAUGAGAGCCUAGGGAUGGCUGUCCUCCACCUGUGUCACAUUGCACUUAAGAGAGGCAUCUCCCUCGAAGAAGUGACAGAGAGAACCAGCUUCAAGGAGUGCAUCCCCCGUUCUUUUUGUCGGCAGAUUCAGCAAAACAAUUAUCUGACCAAAUUCCGCAUGAGGAAUGUUUUUAAGAAGUUCUUGCAACGUUUCCAGCGACAUACAAUGAGCUCUGGCAAGCUGACGGAACAGGACAUCAUGUAUAAGUACCUGGCGACCUUGGAGAACCUGGCUCCACGUUUUGGGAGUGAGUUCUUCACGGUCCUCUCACUGGAAACUGUUUCAGAGGGUGAGAAGGUGCCGCUUUACAUCAAUGGUGGGCACUCACAUCUGGAGAACUCCCAUUCCCCUCCUCCCAGUGACAGGCUUGCCACGCAUGAGGUUCUGGUCACAGGCACAGAUGGCAUUCAGUGGCGUCCCAUCUCUGCUGAGAGAUUGGAAAGCCAUCCCCAUAGAGGUUAUUUGGGAAAGAAGGCCAGGAAUAAAGACCACAAGCAGCCUUACCAGCCAAUGGAACGACGUGAAUCCAAAUGGGUACACUUCUGUGACUUCCAGGAGAUCACACACAUUGUUAUCAAAGACUGCAGAGUCAGCAUCCACCGUCAAGACAAUAAGUGCCUGGAUCUGACUCUUUCAUCCUACGAAGCUGCCCUCUCCUUGAUUUCACUGGUGGAUGGUUAUUUCAGAUUGACGGCUGACUCUAACCAUUACCUGUGUCAUGAAGUAGCCCCGCCACGGUUGGUAAUGAGCAUUCAGAAUGGUAUCCACGGACCCAUGCAUGAGGAAUUUAUUAUGGCUAAACUGAAGCGAGAAGAACAGGAGGAUGGCCUGUACGUCCUUCGCUGGAGCGUCCUUGAUUAUAAUAGAUUGAUCUUGUCGGUAUUGAGGAGAAGCCAGUCCUUCCAGAGCCAGGAUACCACAAGCUGCAGACAGUUCCGAAUCCAGAAGAAGGGGAAUUCCUUUGUGCUAGAAGGCUGGGAGCAAGUGUUUCCAAGCAUCCAAGAAUUGAUGAAUGCUCUCAAAGGCUGUACUCUGAGAUCUGGAAAUGAGAUCUUCAUUUUACGGAGGGGGUCUCUCCCAAAGCCAGGAGAGAUCUCAGACCUGCUGAUCACACGAAAAGUGAAGGACAACACCCGACAGAUUCUAAACUUAACACAGCUGAGCUUCCAUCAGAUCCGAAAGAAUGAGAUCACCCAGAGAGCUCACCUAGGACAAGGGACGUGUACCAACAUUUAUGAUGGAGUGCUGCAUGUAUGCGGUGCAGCUAAUGGUGAUGACGAGGCGGAGUACUACUCUACCGAGCAGAACAACAACAAUCGUGACAUGCAUGUAGUACUCAAAGUGCUUGACCCUAGCCACAGGGACAUUGUCCUGGCAUUCUUUGAAACAGCCAGUCUGAUGAGCCAGGUCUCCCACAUCCACUUGGCUUUUGUGCACGGGGUUUGUGUAAGGGGCUUAGAGAAUAUAAUGGUGGAAGAGUACAUUGAGCAUGGGCCCCUGGAUGUCUUCUUGCGGAAAAACAAAGGGCGGAUAACAGUGGGCUGGAAAUUCACUGUUGCUGCACAGUUAGCAAGUGCCUUGAGUUACUUGGAAGGCAAAAACCUGGUGCAUGGCAGCGUAUGUGCCAAGAACAUCCUGUUGGCCAGGAAAGGUUUGGAAGAUGGCUUGAUGCCCUUCAUUAAGCUCAGCGACCCUGGAGUCAGUUUUGCUGUGCUCUCCCAAGAAGAGCGAGUUGACAGGAUCCCAUGGAUUGCUCCAGAGUGUGUGAAAGAUGUAAACAACCUCAGUACAGCAGCUGACAAGUGGAGCUUUGGUACCACACUGCUGGAGAUAUGCUUUGAUGCGGAUGUGCCACUGAAAGAACGUACCCCCUCUGAGAAAGAGCGUUUUUAUGAGAAGAAACAUCGCCUUCCAGAACCAUCUUUCAAAGAACUUGCUACCUUAAUCAGCCAGUGCCUGAACUAUGCUCCUGGGGAACGGCCUUCCUUUCGGACCAUCUUACGAGACCUUACACAACUGCAGCCACAUAACCUCCUUGACAUCAGCUCUGUGUACACUGAAUUCCCUGUACCUGACCCUACUGUCUUUCAGAAGCGCUAUCUGAAGAAGAUUCGAGAUCUGGGUGAGGGUCACUUUGGCAAAGUGAGCUUAUACUGCUAUGAUCCCACCAAUGAUGGUACUGGUGAGAUGGUAGCUGUGAAGUCACUGAAAUCAGGCUGCAGCCAGCAGCUGCUGACAAGCUGGAAGAAAGAAAUUGAGAUCUUGAAGACCCUCUACCAUGAGAACAUUGUUAAAUACAAGGGCUGCUGCAGUGAGCAGGGGGAAAAGUUUGUGCAGCUUAUCAUGGAGUAUGUGCCUUUGGGGAGCCUGAGGGAUUAUCUCCCCAAGCACAAUGUCAGCCUGGCCCACAUUCUCCUCUUCGCCCAGCAGAUUUGUGAGGGAAUGGCUUAUUUGCACUCAUUACGCUACAUCCACAGAGAUCUGGCAGCCAGAAAUGUGCUCUUGGAGAAUGAGAAUGUAGUGAAGAUUGGAGACUUUGGUCUUGCCAAAGCUAUUCCUGAAGGACAUGACUAUUACCGUGUCUGUGAAGAUGGAGACAGCCCUGUUUUUUGGUAUGCUGUGGAGUGCCUGAAGGACUGUAAAUUCUACUGUGCUUCUGAUGUUUGGUCCUUUGGAGUUACUUUAUAUGAGCUGUUAACACACUGUGAUUCUAGUCAAAGCCCCCCAGCGAAAUUCAUUGAGAUGAUUGGAGCAACUCAGGGACAAAUGACAGUGCUGAGGCUUAUAGAGCUACUGGAUAGAGGGAAAAGGCUGCCCAGCCCAAAGGACUGUCCUUGUGAGAUUUACCGUCUUAUGAAAAACUGUUGGGAAUCGGAAGCUUCAUUCCGCCCAGCCUUCACAAACCUUGUGCCUGUCCUCAAAGCCUUCCAUGAAAAGUACAGGGCCCAGGCCCCCUCCGUUUUCAGCGUGUGUUGAGCAGGAUGCAGAGAUUCUCGGCCAAAGACCACACUCUUCUCUGCACUCGGUGUCUCAAUUCUGUCUUUUUUGUGCCUGGAAAGCCGCAGUGCCAUGGAAGCUGCUUCAGACUACCGGCACACCUUGAAACUCUGACUUCUGCUGUUUUGGUAUCCAGAACCAGCGCAGAACAUUGUUGCCUUUUGAUCUCGCCAAAUGUGAUGUAAUGGGUGUGAAGUUUCUCUGCCCUGAACAAAGGCAGAGGCUAUUUAUGAAGCAGUGUAAAUUGCUGUACCCAGCCUGUGCCUGAAAAGCCAUGAUACCUGGUCUGAGUAUGUGAGGUCACAGGUGCAGGAAAGUGAGUGAAUCAGUUGACUUCCUCACAGUCCUUUUAACAGACUGCUGGGCCUGUUGGUCUGGUGCAGAGAGAAUGGGAAGGAGGCCUAAGCUAUUCAAGCGCAGUGCCCAGCUUGCUAUAGAAAAUAACCAUCUUGGACCAAUAUGUUAAGUGCUGCACUUGCUUAUGGAACAGAGGCGAGGUAUCUGGCCUGGCCCUUUCAUGUUCCUUGCAAAAUCUU